AAUAGGACUCCCGAGCUCAGUGGAAAGAAAAACUGUGUAACUCUCAUCUGAGAUCAAACAACAAGUCCAGUCAGAUCAUUAUCAGGGGAUUUAUGCAGAUUGCAAAAGCAAAUACUGUACACAAAUCAUUCCUCCUGUUGGACAUGGGAAGCAAGAAACAUGUGCACUGAAGAAUCGAUUCAGCAUCAUGACUCCCCUGCAGAAUAACGGAGUCCAGAGGAAACAAAAAGCAGAAAGUGGAAGCCGAAUGUUUAAAACAUCAGAGACAGAAAAGAGGAUGAAACCUGCAGCAGAGAGGAGACGCUCAGCACCCACUAUGGCCAUUAGUAAAGCACUCAGCAAAUCAAGAACACCAUCCAGAGAUGGAUUGAUUUCCCCUACGUCUCCUGACAGCAAGUCGCUUGUUCGAGCCUUCAGCAGCCCCACGACGGCCUUUAUCAUGGACGAGCGAGUCCAGCUGACAACAGGAUUACAGACACAGGAGCGGCACCUCUUCCUCUUUAGCGAUGUCUUGGUGAUUACAAAAUCAAAGUCUUCAACUAACUUAAAGCUGAAGAAUCAGGUCAGAUUGUGUGAAAUGUGGACAGCCUUCUGCAUUGAUGAAGUAUGCGAGAGGAAAACAACUCCAGAAAAUUCUUUUGUCAUUGGAUGGCCCACAACUAACUGCGUGAUCACUUUUAGUUCUGCAGAAGCAAAGGAAAAAUGGCUUUCAGCACUUCAAUGGCAAAUCAAAGAGAUGAAGCAAGAUGAAUAUCCCAAGAAGAUAUCAAUGAAGAUGCUAGUGAUGACAAUGCAGAGUGGUGCUUCAGCAUUAACACUUAUGGUGGGUAACACAGAUACGGCGAGAAAGGUCAUUAAAAUGGCAGCUCAACAGCUCAAUGUAAAAGACAGAGCUUGUAAUUACCAGCUUUGGGUGAUUUCAGGAAAGGAGGCUACACCCUACCCACUGAUUGGACAUGAGCAACCAUUUAGUGUAAUGAUGAACUGCCUCAGAGACUUUACCGCACACAUGGAAAAAUCUGACAUUAAUACCCAAUUACAGGGUAGCAACAGAGCCAUCCUCUUUGAUGAUCUCCCAAAAGCCAAACAAUGUCAGUUUAUUCUGAAGCCAAGGCCUCAACCAGACAUCCAUGUAACCAGAGAAUCAACUCCAAAGCCUCUUAAAAAGAAGAAGUCAUUGAUAGACUGGGCUCUCCGCCGAAGCUCCAGCAACCAGUCAGACAGCAGUCUUAUCUUAGACUCUCCAGUUACUCCAAGGAAACUUUUUGGUUUGUCCCUACCAUCCAUCUGUAGGAAUGGCACCCUUCCUAAGCCUAUUAUGGAUAUGCUUGUCCUAUUAUAUCAUGAAGGACCCUCCACCAAAGGGAUUUUUAGGCGCUCAGCUAAUGCCAAGACUUGCAAAGAACUAAAGGAGAAAUUAAAUUCUGGAAACGAGGUGCAAAUGGACAAAGAAUCUGUCUUCGUGGCAGCUGCUGUUAUCACGGACUUUCUACGUAACAUUCCUGGCAGUGUUCUGUCAUCUGAACUGUACGAGAAAUGGAUGCAAGGGAUAGAAAAUGAGAAUGAAGAGGAAAAAAUACAGUCCAUGAAGAAUCUGGUGGAGGAGCUUCCUGAAGCAAAUGUCCUUCUUCUCCGUCAUUUGUUCGCUGUACUGCAUCACAUUGAGAAAAAUUCUGAAGAAAACCAGAUGACUGCAUUCAACUUGGCUCUUUGUAUUGCUCCAAACAUGCUGUGGCUUCCUAGUCCCCUGGGCCCAGAGGAAGAGAGCAAAUGCACAAGAAAGGUGGCCAUUCUGGUACAAUUCAUGAUUGAAAACUCUUGCCGAAUCUUUGGGAGUGGGUUGAAUUCACUAUUUGGAGAAUCAGGAGAUGUCCAGCAAGGAAAUUCUGAGGACUCACUGGAUAUAGGCUUGUUGCAGCCACAGUAUUCAUCUGACGAUAUGGAUUCAGAAUUAUCUGAUCAAAAAAGACAAAAAGUUCCAAAGGACCAGCCAAAUGAUUCCAUCUUCAUUACCUUGAAUGAUCCUAGACUGCACACAGCUGAAGGACCCAAGGACAUCUGGAACCAGCAGAGCUUAUUCAAUGAAGAAGUCCCAUGUAAGAAAAUCUUAGAGAAGAGUGACAGUGGAGACCUUUGUGAGCAGGUGGAAAAUGAGUCUUUAUAUUCCUGUUCCUCCGUCUCUUCACUUGUAGCUAUCCAGAGCAUUGACUCGGCACGAGACCGUUGCUCAUCUGAGCCCAGUGUCUGCUUGUCACACCGCCUUGCCUUAUCUCAUGAGCCCGUCGCCCGCCAGUCAAGCUGUGAUGCUGCCAUGUCUCAUGGCCAUAUUGAUUACUUACAACAACUGAAAAGGCUUCAGAUUGAAAGUCAGAGGUUAUUGGAUGAUGGGAAAGGCCCUGGGUCUAAUAAAAUGAGAUACACCUUUUGGAGGUCCCCUCAAAUUAAUACCAGGCUGAAACAGCCUAAUUCACAUCGAAUGAAUCUGUCAACCAGAUCAAGUCUGUCAAGCCUGUCUUCUCCCACCACAUCACCCUCAGAGUCUUCAUUAAGUUCAAUAGAUAGUGCCUUCUCUUAUUCUGACUCAUCAGUAUUUGGUCGCAAUGAUAUUUCACACUUUGGAAAUUCUGUAAAAAGCCAGAUAUCCUCACCUUGUACAUCCAAUAGGUUUACUGGCACAUUAUUUGGGACUUCGCCAUCUUCAGUGGCUUGCUGUCUUGAUAAUUUGGAUUGGUACAAUGAGGAAGCAGAAAAGAAAGGAGACUUGGACUGUGAAAGUGACCAAGAGGAUUUAGCUCAAAUAUCAGUCGAACAAAUGGCUCAUUUGAAAAGCCAAAGAUCUGAAGGUUCUGAAAAGGAUAGUGAUUGUUUUACAAGUGUAUCAUAUAUUGGAUAUGAUGAACAUGGAACAAAUUCUGUUCAAAAUGAUGCAAAGGAGUUAAGCAGAGAAAGUAAUAAAGAAAGAAGGAAUAGGUCAACUGUUCCCAAUGCAACACAAUGUGUUACAUUACCUGAGGAGCCCAGUGUAGCACCUUCUUACAGUGAGAAUGUUAAACGCACUAAAAUAACAUUCUACAUGGCACCAGGAAAGGUGUUCAGUAUACAACAUACGGAUGAUCAGGAGAAACAGAACCUUGAAGUUGACAAUGCCGCGCAAGAUGACAAUAGUCUCAACAGUCUGUCACCAACCAGCAAAGGAAGUACUAGACAACCAGGACAGACUUUAAAGGUCCACAUCCCUCAAACUGUGUUUUAUGGUCAGGACUCACCCUUGGUUCUCCAAUCUGUUGCACGAAGGCAGAUAUAUGAUGGAUCCAAGGCGUCACAGAAAAAGGUUAUGCCCGGGGACAUUUUAACAAGAACAUCUUCCCCAGAUUGUCCUUCACAGAGUGACACGCAAUUAUUAGAUGGUUCGACUCAGCCCAUAUCUCCUCAGCAAUGUAGUAAAAGCACGAGUAAUAAAAGACACACUAUUCGUUUUAUAUUACCUCCCUCAGUUAAAACUACUGUUAAGGACUACUUCCUUUACAGUGAGGCCAAACACUGCCUCAGAGACACUAAGACAGUGGAGAGUGAACUAAUUAGAAGAAGACAAGAAUGGCAAAGUAGACGGUGCACUGAUUCACAAUUGGAAGACUUUGAAAAUAUUAUUUUCACAGAUGAAUCUUAUGUCUGAUAUUGUAACCUUCUAACAACUAUUUUUAUCAUACAUUUAUUUUUUUAAACCAGGGCAGCACUCCACAAGUUGCUACUGAUAAAAUUACUUCCUAUAUAAAAGGCUAUAUGGUAGUAGACAUGUAUGUUGAGCACCACCGUUAUUACCAUUGCCUCGAAGUUUCUGUUAAAGAAACUAGCAGACAAACACCUUUAGAAUAAUAGAUGAAUAAUAACACCAAAGGUCGCCCGUUAACCAUAAAAUUGGUUCAGCUCAAUGCAAGAGCAGUUUAGCCAGUCCUGUUCUCCUGGCCUUUUCUAGUUGCCUUGUAAAAGUUUUCCUUCAGGUACAUCUCCAAUUCUCCUUCAAAAACCAAUACUGAAUCUGUCUCCAACACUCUUUCAAGUAAUGCAUUCUGGAUCAUAAACAAUCUUGAAAGAGGAUUUUCCUCAUGGCAUCUUUUGUGCUCUGGCCAAUUCCUGUCUGUGUCUGUGUUCUCUAGUUUGCAAUCCUUUCACCAAUGAGAACAGUUUCCCCUUUUAUUGUGUGUCUGGUCCUUUCAUGAGUUUGAAUCUUCUCCAUCAAAUUGCCUCUCAACCUUCUCCGUUCCAAAGAGAAUAAAGCCAGCUACUCCAAUCUAUCUACAUACUUAAAAUCCCUAAUUCUUGCAACCAUUUUCAUAAUUUUUUUCAGUAUCUUCAUAUUUCUGAUAAAAUAUGGUGCCCAGUGAUGAACACGUGUUUUAAAAGUAUUCACCAUAACUUGUAUGGUUUUGUGCUUUAUGCCCCUAUUUAUAAAGUCCAGCAUUCUAUAUGUUCUUAUAAGCACAUUUGCAACCUGAACUGCCAUCAGCAAUUUGUGCAUAUGUAAACCCAGUGCAUUGACUUUAGAGUUAUACAUUUAAUCUAUAUUGUUUCUCCUAAAUCAUCCAUUCAAAAUGUAUCACUUCACAUGAAAUUAAUUUCUUCUGUGAUGUAUCAAUUCACUCCACUAGCUUGCAUCCUCUUGAAGUUUAUCACCAUUCCCCUUGAAAUUCACAAUUUCUUACAAGUUUUACUUCAUUUGCAAGCUUGGAAAUUGCGUGCUGCUUAUCCAAGUUUGAAAUCAAGAAAAACAGUGGUCCUUUAUCAAUCCUUGGAUUUUCCAUUUGGGAAAACAACAAUUCAGUGUAACAGAGAUAGUAGGAACUGCCGAUGCUGGAGAAUCUGAGAUAACAAGGUGUAGAGCUAGAUGAACACAG